GAUCCUUUUACAAAUCUGCGGCGAAUGUGACCGCGGAGCUCUUCAUUCUCCUCAGCUGUGGAUUUUUAGUAAAGUUAUUUUUAAUCGUAUGUUUAUAGAAAACUUUCUCUGGAUUAUAACUUUUUAUCUUUUCUGUUGGACCCUCGGAUCUGAUCCAACCGUAAUUUCUAGUUUUUCCCCCAGAAGUGUGAUCUUUGUGUUUCUGACAUGCUCCUCCGCUUUGUUGCUGUGUUCAGUUUAUACGUCACAGCUGGCUCUGGGACCAUAGAGUAUGACAGCUACAAUGACUUUGUAGAAGAAGAUGAUGGUCCUCAACUAGACUACAAAGACCCUCACUGGUGUCAUUCCCCGGGCCUCACUAACGGAGAGGUGACCUGCCACUCCCCCCAGGGGCGGGCCUACAGGAGCACGCUGGGCACUCGUUGUGAGAUGAGCUGCGACCGAGGAUACAGACUGAUAGGGAAGGGCUCUAUCACGUGCCUCCCCAGCCGGCGCUGGUCUGGGACCUCCUUCUGCCGCAAGAUGCGAUGCCAUGUGCUGCCCCUAAUCCCCCACGGCAGGUACACCUGCUCCCACGGCUUCAUGGUGGACUCCAGGUGUGACUUCACCUGCGACGCGGGCUAUCGCAUCGAGGAGCAACACUCCCGCACCUGUGAGCGCCGGGGGUCGUGGAGUGGAGGCCAGCCAAAUUGUGAAGAUACUGACCCUCCAAAGAUCAAAUGUCCUCCGUCCAGACUCAAGGUUGCCGAGCCUGGAAAACUCACUGCCAUGGUGACCUGGGACCCGCCCAAAGCAACAGAUACUGCUGAUAAAUCCCUUGAUGUGAUUCUUGUUGGCCAGGGGCCGCGCACCGACUUUAAAGAGGGAGCGAGCAUUAUCCGAUACAAAGUGUACGAUCAAGCCAGGAACAGAGCCGCCUGCAAGUUUAUUGUACGUGUUGAGGUGAGAAGAUGUCCAACUCUACCUCCACCUCUGCAAGGCUUCCUCACCUGCUCCUCUGAUGGGAAUAACUACGGUGCAACAUGUGAAUAUCACUGUGAAGGGGGAUAUGAGAGGAGGGGCGUCUCUUCUCGUGUCUGCCUGUUCGACCGCAACUGGGCGGGAGAGCCGGCUGAGUGUGUUCCAAUGGAGAUUAAAUCAGAUGUAAAGACUGUCUCCGCUCUCCUGGAACAGUUUUAUGAAAAGAGGAGGCUGCUGAUCAUGUCUGGUCCAAACAUAACUGACCCAGACUACCAGCUGCAGAACAUCAUGAUACAGAAAGCAGACUGUGGAUUAGACCUGAGACGUGUUACCGUCAUCGAGCUCCUGGGCUCCCCGCCUCGUGAGACCGGUCGCAUUAAAGAAAGUCUGCUCAGCUCUGAAGCCAUCGAGGGUCUGAGACUAUCGUUCAGGAUCUCCAGGUCGUACUUCAGCAUGUUGCUGCUGGACGAGCUGGGAAUGGACCGGGAGCGCUUCAUCUACCCGAUGGCGUCGGACGAGCUGUUCUCGUACAUCGACAGCUUCCUGCUGGAGGAAGAGGAGCGAGAGAGGCUGGAGCUCCACAGGGACUUCUGCGACUAAUCAAAUAAACCUCUCCUGUUGCCACAGCGAUAAACUCAUCAGCAUUACUAAACGCAAGAUGAGGAAGGACAAACCGCCCAAAACCAGGUCCAGAGGGACAUACGGCGCGGGG